GGUAACAGGAAGUUUAGACUGUCUGCGUUGACAGUAAAAAUAUUUAGGAAAAUUAUGAAUGUUGCGGAUUUCUCUCCAUGUCUAGAAGCAUGUACAUCAAAAUACAGGUAGAACAACGCACGAUUUAAAGUUUGUCACCACGCAGACGUGUUGACAGACGCUCACACGCAGGACAAUCGUUGAAAUGUCGCACUGGAACAACUGGUGGUGAACCAGAAAACGUAAACAACGGACAGACACCAUGAAUAUGGCUGCAGGAAAGUUAAACAGUCAAGACAAGAAGGACUUGGAGAAAUUCACCAAGUUUUUCAUUUUCAAGAGCCUUCAAAUCAUCGUUCAAUCAAGGCUCGGUGAGAAGAUCAAGACCAAAUCAAAACCAUUUUCAUCUGGCGCAGACUGGUUCAACCUUGCCAUACGGGAUAUCCCAGAAGUGCAAACUGAAGCAAAGAAGGUAUUGUCUGGGCAGCAGUCCAUGCUCGGUCAGGAUGUGUGUGUAGAGAUAUCCCUGCGUACAGCAGAGGGCGACACCAUGGUGUUAGAGACAUGGUACAUCACCCUCAACAAGGAACAGUGCGACCCAGGCGUCAAGGUCUCCUACACCGUCUACAACAGGAUGGGUAUAGCUUUAAAAUCCUUAUUUUCAGUUUCUCGUGUUCCUCCUGCCUAUAGGUUAGCGAGGAGACAAAGUGCCAACGGGGGAGGAGAUUACGUCAUAUGCUACAGAAUCUAUCUCGGACAUCCACAGUUCUUUCAGUUGGGUGAUGGAUACCAGUCUACAAAAGUUGGAGCCAUUCCUACGCCAGUUGGGACAAUCUUGCUGAAUCUGGCUUACCGGACAAAGCUGCUCAUUUCUCCACACAAAACAACCAAGGAUUUGCCUUUUGAAGUUAAGGAUGAUCAUUUCAAAAGAGAUGCCAGCCCAAGAAUUCCAACAACACCUAAACCCUGCAGUUUAGGUUUUAGAAGGAACAGUACCUCUGAUGAGCUCCUGAACUUGGGCCUAGACAGACAGGACCUGUGUUCCACCAUGUUCUCCACCAGCCCCUCAUCCGACCUGACCAUCAAUGAGUGCGGAGUAGCGGUCAACACUCAGCCGCUCUGUAUCAUCAAUGAAAAGUCAACUGAAGGCAAGGACGACCAUCGGCCCAGAAGUGUUCCAGAGAAGGGUUCUAAUAGCUUCACAGAGCUACAAAGGGUGGGGGCAUUUGCAACACAUCGCAGCAUGAAGGACUUGAAGACUGACAUGGAAGAAAUCCCCUUCUUCAGCCUCCUGGCUGCGACCAAACCAGCAGACAUCCCACCACCACCACCAAUAGAAAAACUCAAAUCCUCCAUCACAUCCGGAGAGCCAGACAACAUGGAAACCACCACCAACUCGGCUGGAAGUGAUAUUAACAAGAGCAACAGCAGUGAUGCUUCAGCUCCAGAUGAUUUUGUCAUGGUUGAAUUGAAAACUCCAUUCGCAGGAGCAGAUGCUAACACUGACCUUGGCAGGUUCUACCGGGACUGUCAGGGUGCACCCAACUUGAAGAUGUUCGAUGAGGAGGAGAGUGGAUUUAAUGAAACACUGGAAGUUGUCACAAACCAGCUGGCUUUGUUCGAAUCAGAUAUGAAGGGUUUUGAUGAAUUUGUGGAUUCGUUGAAGGACCAAGAUUCUAGCGGUUAGACUUUAUCACUUUGAGCACAAGCUGCUAUACUGACCAAACGACAUGUGCUAUAUAACACUGAUAGUUCUAGACAAUGUGCCUACUGUAUCUCAUCCUGCAAACCACAUCUUUCUCAGUUUACUUACUUUCCCUCAGUAAGGGUUAUGUGUCAGGAUGAACCGGAAUUGUGUUUCCAUUUGACUGUCAAUUUGAUAAAUAUUAAUCAAAAUUUUAUCGAAAUCAGUAUUUAGGAUAUUUUGGAUUUGGGUCUUUUUCUUUUCAAAUUUUUAUGUUCUAAGGUUCAUAACAACAAAACAAAAUUUUAAGUUAUCGCAUGUGGCAGAGCCCUGAAAAUCUACACAGUAUUGUUUAUGAGACUUACAACUUUCCAGAUGAAUAAUUCAGGGAGGAAUGUCCUGAUACAGAUAUCUCCUGUGGAAUGGCACAGGACCCAGGUUUCUGUACAGUCAGGGUUUCCGUGUGUAUGGACUAUGUUGUGGGUGAGACCAAGUGCUAGGUAAGGAGGAUCUGCAUACAUGCAGUGCUAGGUAAGGAGGGUCUGCAUACAUGCAGUGCACACUGCAUCAUAUUCAUAGAGAUGCAUUUUCUAUUUUAUUGCAUUUUAUCAUCUGGUCCAAAGCUAAGUUGUUUAGCUUUGAGAAGAAGAGUUGCAGAUAUUGUCAUAUUUCAUACAAUAUUGUAUGGUCAUAAGGUUUAAUGGAACAUUGUGGAGAGGAUGGCGUUCACUACACAUGGUGUCAAAGAACCUGUCCAUUGCAAAAAUAUAUUAUUAUUCGUUCUGAAUCCCCUGUUACAAUGGCUGGUUAGCAUUGCUCCCCAGCAAAUCAUGCUGGUUGUAAGUUCUGUUGUAAGUUGACAAUAUCAAUCACUUGAUUGUCUAAUUCAGUUUACAGGGUGCUGUCAUAUAGCUGGAAUAUUGCUGAGUAAACAGCAAACAUGCAAACAUCCUGAAAAUACGCCCUGCAGAAAAGAAUUCUUAAUGACAAACAGAAAUAUGUUUGCAAUAUAUGAAACAAACAAUCUUCACUUCAAUACAGUAAAACCAAUCCUGAUUCCAUGAUGGAACAUCAAAGACCAUGUCUCGCUUAGCCUCACAAUUUUCUCAAUAUUUCACACAUCAGAAAGUAGACUUGUAGCUGAAUGUUGUCAAAUGUGAUACAGCUUUGAACUGCAGCUAAAUACAAUAUAGCAGUUUAGUACUUGCCAUUGAUGCAACGUGAGCAAUGUCUAUAAGUGUAAAUAUCUCACUUCCAUGAAAUGGAAUGGAUUUGUGUCAUGUAUGUUAUUUGGGUGUUAUAAAUGUGUUUCUGGCUCGGAAGUAAAAAGAGACUGGUUUAUGUGGAUGAAAAGACAUGCUGUUCAAGAUGUCAUUUAACUGAUAAGAUGUACAUCUAAUGCCUGUAGAUUUUCAUGUUUUUAAAUAUAUGACACUACAUUGACAUGAUCAGUAGGGUUAUUUUGGGCUUCUCACUCACCAGGAAACUUUAAAAAGCAACUGCAGACAAUAAAAAAUUAUCUAUACUUAGCAUGCUUCAUAGCAUACUCAAGAAGAAAUAUGAGAUCAAUAAACUAUGUCAGAAGGCUUUGUCAGUGAUCCAGAUUGACACAUGUCAUCGUUUCCCAAUUGUGCAGAUCGAUGCUCAUGCUGUUGAUCCCUGGAUUGUCUGGUCCAGACUUGAUUAUUUAUAGACCGAUGUCAUAUAGCUGUAAUAUUGCAGAGCAUGGUGUAAAACUAAAUUCAAUCAAUCUAUGACUUUGCUAAGUGUUUGGUUCUUUCUUUCAGAGCAGUAACAUGCAUCCUUUCAUCCAUCAGUCCAAAUGAUCCAUGAUUCUUUCCAGGCUCUAAAGAAAUUAUCAAAAUGUACAGUUCUCAACACUGUAACUUCACAGGACCCUCACAUAGGCUGCUAGGACCCCUAAAACUAAUAAUUGGGUUCCCGACCCCAUGUUUGUGAGUC